GCACGCAAGGGACGCAGCGCGAGCAGCCAGAGCCACCAGGACGCGUGCAACCCUCCAUGGACAGAAAUGACGCAGCGCUGGAGGCGGGUGGCCGGCCUGCUGGCGCACCAUCUCCUUCCGACAGGUCGUCGGCCUUCCCCAAGAAGAUGGCCUGGCUACUGCCCGUCGUGGAGCAGGGCUGCUGCUGCGACCUGCGCACCUGUUGCCAGGUGCAGGCCUCACUGGCACUGGUGGUGACCGGGAUUAAUGCGCUGAAAGUUAUGCUGAAAGAUUUAUCAUCAGAGAAAGAUGAAUUGGAGGAAAUCUGCAGUGACACGGGUCGCUGCUUCACAUUCCUCAGACGCGACGUUCUGACCCUCAUCUCGCUGGCGUGCAACGUGACCAUGGCUGUGGCCGCUGCCCUCUUCCUCAAGGGCAUUAGUGAGAACAAGCCCGUCCUGAUGGUGCACUACAUUCGCAUGUGGGUCGUUUUUGCAUUCUUCUGCCUAUUGGCUACAGUCGCAGGACUGUGCGCCCUCGUGGAUGUGGCUAUAAGUGGAGCAGGAAUGGGCUUCAUGAUCUUCGUAGCAGCCCUCUCCUGCGCACUGUCCCUGUACUGCCUGAUCUGCGCUAACAGUCUGCACGUCAAGAUGGCCCAGGACUUGGAAGCGCAUGCUGUUGGCCCUGCCUCGGUCAAACGAUACGGAGCUACAGAAGAGGAUCCACUCAAUGGAGCAGUGCGUCUCGACGAAUUUUCAUUCGAGUAGUGCCGUUGCUGGCACGAUGUUGAGCGGGACGCGAUAACGCGAAACUUUGAUUGUUGAUCGACACACCCUGUUGCUUUGGUGUUUUUAGACAUUACGAAUUACAAAUCUGACUACAUGAGGGUAACACAGAUGUAAAUGCAGCAAUAUAAGGAAGGCAAGCCUGGAAUAAAUAAUCGUCAUAUUUAAUUGUAGUAGACAAAAUAAUUAUGUUGCAUAUA